AAAUAAUUUGGUUUGUCUGUUAGGUUUACUUUUUUUCUUUUUCGGUAGAAUUAGUUUCGGUGGUGGGAAAGUUUUGAUUUAUUUUGAGAGAUAAACAAGGAUUUUUAUCGGAUUUUCUUAACCAUUUUGUUAAGCCUGUUUGACAAUGGAACCUCUAAAUCCUGCUUUGUUUUACUAUUGCUGAUGAUGAAUUACUAUGGCUAAUGAUCAAUAUUCCAGUAGCGAAAAGCAGUUUAAGUUUUUAUUAGUGGGAGGAGAAGCAGUUGGAAAGACAUGUAUUGCAUUAAGGUUCAUUCAAGAAAAAUUUGAUAAACAAUACAAACCUACCAUUGGAGUUGAUUUCUUUUUGAAGCGAAUUGUAUUACCAGGAAGUUUAAAUGUAACUAUCCAGUUAUGGGACAUAGGAAGUCAAUCUUUAAAGGGAGAGAUGCUGGACAAAUAUUUUUAUGGUGCUGAUGCUAUUCUAUUUGUGUAUGAUAUUACUAAUAAUGACAGCCUUGUACAUCUUGAAGAAUGGUUGAAAGCUGUGCAUGAAGUAUUCAAGGAAGACUGCAUGAUGCCCCAUCUUGCUUUGAUAAGUAAUAAAGGUGAUUUAGAACACAGCAGAAUUGUUAAAGUUGAUAAACACUUAAAAUUUGCAUUGGAUAAUGCCAUGUCUUCCCAUUCUGUGUCUGCUAAAACAGGCGAAUCUGUCGCCUUGUGUUUUCAAAAAAUUGCUGGAGAACUUCUUGGAAUCCGUUUAACCCGAUCAGAGCAAGAAACCGUCCAACCUGUUGUUAAAGCUGAAAUCGUCCAUAAUUUAGCUGCUGCUGAGCCAAGCAAACCUUCUCCGUCCAGCUCUACUAAAAAUAGUACUGUUUGCACUGUCCAGUAAUGGCAUAUCUUCACAAAUUUGAUACUUCAAUUUUUUAAAUAUUUUUUGCAUUUUACAGCACAUAUUUACUAGUCAUUGUAUUUUCAAUAUGUAUAUUCUAGUCAUUGUAUUUACAGAGCUAUGUAUUUUUA